AUGGCGCGGCGGGGGCCACAGCCAGCGCGGCUGGUGCUGGCACUGGCACUGCUCUCGGCCGUCUCCUCGACUGCGGCGCAGUCCGGAGACAGUCCGCCAAGGCAGCUCAUCGACUUGGCUGCCCCGGGUUCUCCCGAGUCCGAGGACAUUGCCCUGCUGAACGCGGGAAAGCCCAUAAUUAGAACUCUGAACCCCAGGGAGGGAUACGGCAUUCUCUUCGGUGUGGCGUCGGACGAGGCGGGUGUGUUUCCCAGCAUCUUGCUGGAGCUGCUCGUGUCUGACAGGCAGGGGGACGCUGACAUCGUGUGCACCCCCCUGCCCUGGGCAGCCGCCGGGAUCGACCUGUUCCCAUGGACGUCCAGGAGCAGCCAGGGCGUGGACGAGAUCUUCCUGUCCUCCCAGAGCGAGGAGUUCCAGGCGGCGGUGACCAACGUGUCGGUCGCGCAAGGAGAGGGGAAAGACCCCUCCACAAUGGUCGCUGCAGCAUUUACUUGCGUGGUGUCCGACACUACGGGCGUGGGCUCCACGUGGGAGCUGGAGCUGGACUUCGUGGAGGACGCGGAACUGGACCCGGAGGAACAGGAGGCGGUGGCGCGGAUCUUCGAGAAAUGCUGCCAGGAGGAGGGCGGCUGCGUGGGCUGGCCGCGCGUGGCUGUGACCCUUGACCCAGAUGCCAAGGGCAAGGAAAAGAAGGCGCUGAAGCAGAGCGUCCACAACGUGCCCAUCUCCACGGACCUGUGCCACCAGCUGGGCCACGUGUGCGAUUCCCAGGGCAGGCUGACGCGCAUGAGCCUUCGCGGGUUCGGCCUGCAGUGCGAGUUUCCCGCGGACGAGUUUUCCGCGUUCGCGUCCCUGCGGAAGCUGGACCUGACGGGCAACCUGCUGACGGGCGACGCCGGGGCCGCCCUGGACGCCCUGGCGGCGGCGUCGCCCGGUUUGACGCACCUGUCCCUCGCGGUGAACAGGCUGACGGGCUCGGUUGACGGCAGCAGCGGGCUGUGCGAGCUGGCCACGGGCGGGCUUCUCAUCCUCGACCUGGAGGGCAACCUGGAGGUCGGAGGCGCCGUGCCGGAGUGCCUGCUCGGUGAGGGCAGCACGCUGCUGGACGUGAUCUUGACGCAGACCGGCGUCGAGGGGAGCCUGCCGGACGUACUGCCGGCGGACUCGCCCCUGGAGGCGCUGCACGUCGCGGCGGCGAGGCUCAGCGGCAGCGUGCCCGCAUCGCUGGGAAACGCGCAGCACCUGGCCGUCGUGGACCUGUCCUUGAACGAGCUGACCGGAGGCGUGCCGGCGGGUUUGAUAGACAUCCCGAGCCUGCGGACUGUCCUCAUGACGCACAACAAGCUCAGCGAGCUGCCAGAGUCCUGGAGCGACGCGGAGACGGCGGUGACGCCCACGCUUUCGCUGGUGGGCCUGGACUUCAACGAGUUGGAGGGGCCGUUCCCGGCGGCGCUGGCCACGGCAGAGGGGCUGUCCGUGUUGGGACUGGCCGUGAACAACCUGGGCGGCGGCCUGCCGGACGGCGAAGGGCUCUUUCCGCUGGUGGAGAUAUUCAAUGUGUCGGGAAACAAAUUGGAGGGGAGCGUGCCCGAGUCUUGGGAGUCCAGCGGACCCUUCAACCGCCUGGUCAAUGAGACGAGCAGGUUCGCGAGGCUGGACAUGAGCAACAACGAGCUGUCAGGGGAAUUGCCAGGAUUUUUCUUCACUGAGACGACCAACUUUUCGGCCCCUGACCCGGUGAUCGUGUACUUGAGCGGAAACGAUCUCAGCUGCGAUGGCAAACACUCGCCUUUUGUGAUUGACAUUGAGGACUGCAGACUGGCUGGGGGUGAGGGAGCUGGCAAAGGCGGCAAGAAAAACAAAAAGAACAAGAAAGGAAGCGAUGGAUGA